AUGGCGACUGUUGACCAGCGGUUCUGCCAGAAUUAUGCGGUCAGUGAGUGGCCAGUUGCCUCCAGUGUCACAUUUCGAAAUGAAGCGGAAUUCCGUUUUGUCAGAAAAAUUUAUCGAAUUUUUGACCGAGCAGUAAGUAUCGAUCGAAGUACACCACUGUUGAUCGGUCUAACGCUUAAAAAUGAUACAUUUAAAUGGGCCGACGGAUCGUCAUUCAAAUACGCCGGUUUCUUGAGUGCAAAAGUCGCUGAUACAUUGAUGGAAUACAGCGGAGAUGACUGCCGGCGCUUCUUCCUCUAUCGAGUACCAACAAGUGUAAUCGGUGCAGAAGUAAAUUUAAGCGUUGUUUGA